AUGAAAUCCAAAUUCCUUUUUCUCCUUCUUUUAUUCCAUCCUCAGAUUAUUGCAGGUGAUUUUGGCAGUGCCUCUGUUGAUGGUAAGAUGAAUUGUAAUGUAAAAUUUUCAUUAGUAAUGAUUUUUGGGAGGUUCUGAAAAAAGUUUUUUGUACCCUUUCCUUGACUUCAGAUACGAUUUACGCGACCAAACAUGACGAUCAAAUCGCUUUGGAAGAGUUCUUCGACAACAAUCACUUAUAUUUGGCCCGUCCAGACAUCUCAACGCAGCUUUUCAUCGAGCUGAAUGUCCAAGGAACCCAUGAAAAGAACGUGACAAACAAAAUCUUCUACAAAACAGCGGCCAAGAAUUUGAGAAAGGCCAAUCCAAUGGUGAAUAUCAUCAAAUUGAGUGGUGGGUAUAAUGUCUGCUUCAAGGAUGGGGUAAGUCAUCAAAUUUUUAAUUAUUUUGAAGAACAAGAUUACUGUAGCUAAAAUAUCGUCUUAGACUUUGAAGAGGUCCGCCAAGAGUACAAGAAGCUUCGAAAAACCCUGCAUUACAUAA